UAGUCUGAGCGGCGGCCGCCAUUUUGUGCAGUCGCUGGGAAAGGCAGGAGACGCCUAAACCGCGGCGAAGCCGGGUUUGAGCGUAGCCAAACCUACCCACCGUUUUUAUAUCCCCGAUUCUCUGUAGUUUGCUCCCGUCUCCGACGAGAGAGGCGGCGACGGUGGCGUCUGCGACGGGAGAUAGCGCGUCGGAGCGAGAGAGCGCCGCGCCUGCCGCCGCCCCAACAGCGGAGGCGCCGCCGCCAUCGGUCAUCACCAGACCGGAGCCGCAGGCCCUCCCAAGCCCGGCCAUCCGUGCCCCGCUCCCAGAUCUCUAUCCAUUUGGGACCAUGCGCGGAGGCGGCUUUGGGGACCGGGACCGGGAUCGUGACCGCGGAGGAUUUGGAGCAAGAGGUGGUGGUGGUCUUCCCCCGAAGAAAUUUGGUAAUCCUGGGGAGCGUUUACGUAAAAAGAAGUGGGAUUUGAGUGAGCUCCCCAAGUUUGAAAAGAAUUUUUAUGUGGAACAUCCAGAAGUGGCAAGGCUGACCCCAUAUGAGGUCGAUGAGCUACGCAGAAAGAAAGAGAUUACAGUGAGAGGGGGAGAUGUUUGUCCUAAACCCGUGUUUGCCUUCCAUCAUGCUAACUUCCCACAAUAUGUAAUGGAUGUGUUGAUGGAUCAGCACUUUACAGAACCGACUCCGAUUCAGUGCCAGGGAUUUCCUUUGGCUUUGAGUGGCCGGGAUAUGGUGGGCAUUGCUCAGACUGGCUCCGGGAAGACAUUGGCGUAUUUGCUGCCUGCAAUUGUUCAUAUUAACCACCAGCCAUACUUGGAAAGGGGUGAUGGGCCGAUUUGUCUAGUUCUGGCUCCUACCAGAGAGCUUGCCCAGCAAGUGCAACAGGUGGCUGAUGACUAUGGCAAAUGUUCUAGAUUGAAGAGUACUUGUAUUUAUGGAGGCGCUCCCAAAGGUCCCCAGAUUCGAGACUUGGAGAGAGGUGUUGAGAUCUGUAUAGCCACUCCUGGACGCCUGAUAGAUUUCUUGGAGUCAGGAAAAACAAACCUUCGCCGAUGUACUUACCUUGUACUGGAUGAGGCUGACAGAAUGCUUGAUAUGGGCUUUGAACCCCAGAUCCGUAAAAUUGUUGACCAAAUCAGGCCUGACAGGCAGACCUUGAUGUGGAGUGCAACCUGGCCAAAAGAAGUAAGACAGCUUGCUGAGGAUUUCCUUCGUGAUUAUACCCAGAUCAAUGUAGGCAAUCUGGAGUUGAGUGCCAACCACAACAUCCUCCAGAUUGUGGAUGUCUGCAUGGAAAGUGAAAAAGACCACAAAUUGAUCCAACUCAUGGAGGAAAUAAUGGCUGAAAAAGAAAAUAAGACAAUAAUAUUUGUGGAGACCAAGAGACGCUGUGAUGACCUUACUCGAAGGAUGCGCAGAGAUGGGUGGCCAGCUAUGUGUAUCCAUGGAGACAAGAGUCAACCAGAAAGAGAUUGGGUACUUAACGAGUUCCGUUCUGGAAAGGCUCCCAUCCUCAUUGCCACGGAUGUAGCCUCCCGUGGGCUAGAUGUGGAAGAUGUCAAGUUUGUGAUCAACUAUGACUAUCCAAACAGCUCAGAGGAUUAUGUGCACCGUAUUGGCCGAACAGCCCGUAGCACCAACAAAGGCACUGCCUACACCUUCUUCACCCCAGGGAACUUAAAGCAGGCCAGAGAGCUGAUCAAAGUGCUGGAAGAGGCUAAUCAGGCUAUCAAUCCAAAACUGAUGCAGCUGGUGGACCAUAGAGGAGGCGGCGGAGGAGGGGGUAAGGGAGGUCGUUCUCGAUAUCGGACCACUUCUUCAGCCAACAAUCCUAAUCUGAUGUAUCAAGAUGAGUGUGACCGAAGGCUUCGGGGAGUCAAGGAUAGUGGCCGGAGAGACUCUGCAAGUUAUCGGGAUCGUAGUGAAACCGAUAGAGCCAGUUAUGCUAAUGGCAGUGGCUAUGGAAGUCCUAAUUCCACCUUUGGAGCACAAGCAGGCCAAUACACCUAUGGUCAAGGCACCUAUGGGGCAGCUGCUUAUGGCACCAGUGGUUAUACAGCCCAAGAAUAUGGUGCUGGCACUUAUGGGGCUAGUAGUACCACCUCAACUGGGAGAAGUUCACAGAGCUCUAGCCAGCAGUUUAGUGGGAUAGGUCGGUCUGGGCAGCAGCCACAGCCGCUGAUGUCACAACAGUUUGCGCAGCCUCCGGGAGCUACCAAUAUGAUAGGUUACAUGGGGCAGACUGCCUACCAAUACCCCCCUCCCCCACCUCCUCCUCCUCCUUCGCGUAAAUGAAACCACUCAAGUGGUAAUGACUUGUGCAGACUUAAUUACAUUUAAAGGAACGCUGUCUUUUCUUUUUGUUCCUCUUCCUUUUUCUUUUUUAUUUUUCCCCAACCAUUGUGAUUUGUCUAUUAUGCAGAUUAGUUAGGAUUCACUGCCAGGUUUCUUCUGCCCGCCAAAAUGGUCCAGUCUGUAGUAACAGAUUUUGUAAAAAAAAAAAAAAAAAAAAAAACACCAAUAUAUAAAUAGCUGACUAGAAGAGAUUAAUUUUUUCCCAAUUCCUUGCAUGUUGAGGAUAUUUGAGCUGAUAUUUUCCAUCUUAAAAGAGGAAAUAAGGUAUUAGGCCAUUUUGGGGGAGCCCAUUUUUUGUUGUCCUGAGUUGGGUAGGGUGGAGGGCUGAAUUCUGCAGAAGACGGCAUCUGUGCUUUAAAUUGCUCUCAUUACUGGGUUAGAAAGCCAAGGGGAAUUUCCUGUACAUUUUCUAUAAUGCUAUACACUUCUCACUUUGGAACAGGCUUUCUCGGGCCUGAUGACUUUUUUUUAAGACAAUGCUUUGUCAUUUUGGCUGGUUGCUUGUUACGUGCAUUUGACAGUUUUAAAAAAUUCCUAAUUGGUGUUUUCUCCCUUACUCUCUGCCUCCCUCACACCUCCCCAAUUACUGAAAAAAAACCAUUUUAGUGUUCAGUUAGAAAUUGAAUUGCUGAGUCUGAGUUUUUUAAGUAUGUUGUGUUUUAAAUUAAAAACGCCAAGUGUUUAUUCCAGUUGUUAAACUGUAACAUCUCAGCAUCUGGAUGGAGCUGUAUCUAUUUCUCUUCCCCAUAUAACCAGGGACCAGCUAUGAAAUUCAUUUUCCAGUCAGAUGGCUGCUGUGAACAGAAUGAACAUAAAAGCUCACUGAAAAUUUACUUUAUUGAUCAGUUGAGUUUAUGUAUUCACCUGCAGUGUAAAAAGCACCUUUAGUUAUAAACAGAAUAUAUUCAAAAUGAGCAAUUUUUCUUUUUAACUCAGUAUUUGUAGAGCUAGAAUGAAAGCAACUCUUCACCAGUUACUCAACCCUUUUGGCCAAAUUAUCUUGAACUAAGAGUCAUAGGGUUCAUGAUGAACUCUAUUCUCCUCAUAUCCUGUUCUCUGCAGUGCUUUUUACAGCUUCUGGAUGCAAAAUUUCCUCGGCAUCCUUUUGUGCUCAUCUUUUUACAGGUAGGUAGUGCUUAAGAAAGGUUACACAAGGCUAAAGCUUUAAGUCCUUUACUGUUUCUCCCACUGAAUGUAGGUGAGUUUGUCCACUUCAUAAUACCAUUUUACUGACAUUUCCUAUAGCACAUGGACCUGGAAAGAAUUUUACUCACCAGGACAGGAAGAUGAGAGCUCCAGAAACCUCUUCCAAAUCGAUUUCAGUGUGAGACUGUUAAUUCUUUUAUGCUGUUACUGGUAUUGUUCACAAUGUAGUUAAAGGUGAGGAAGGCUUCACUGUACUCUGGCUGAGGCCUGAGAGUGCUUGCUGGUUUAUAAGAUCUAAAUAUCUUAAAAAGUUGAGGAUUUUUUUUUUCUUUUAGGGUUUUGUUUUGUUUUGUUUUUUCUUUUAAAAUUCUUCAGGGAGAGAGAAGGGAUGAUUUCUGAGGGUUCUGAAAGUAUGGUUCAAUGUGCAACAUACAGGUAGGUUGUCAGCAUAAGCUGAAAUUAUAUGCAUGUAAGAACUUUGGCAUCCUUUCCCCUCCCCACUUUCUUCUUCCUUAACUUUACCUCUGCUGCCUCUGUCCAUCACCCCCCACCCCCACCCUCAUUUUGUAGAAGUUGAGGCCAAGGGAGGAUGGUGAGCACAGGAAGGAACACGUGGCAGAAGUGCUUUGCUUUCAUACCAAAGCAUUGUCAUUGUUUUCCACCCUGUCUUCUCCCACCAUGCCUCCCACCCCCCCACAACAUUUAUGCCCUGACCAGUCCAUUACAGACAUUCUCUUGACAACCAAGUUCGGGGGUGGGGUGGGGGGGGUGGUAUAGAGGUGCCACCAGGGGGUUAUCCUCUUCUCUUGCAGCUCUUAAAAGCAUCUGUUUGGGAUAAACAUCUCUGGGCAAGCAAGCAGUAUUUUAUUUGGUCUGCUGCUUGCUUCCCUUUUUUCAACAGGGACGUAAUCUUAAAAUUUAAAAUAACAGAUUUCAAAUACAACAAGCUAUUGAGGCCUGAACACAGCUGAAAUCUAGCGGAGUUUUUCCUAUCUAGUGCUAGAGUAACUCUUCUGCCACUGUGUCUGUCACUCAAUUCAAGUUCUGUUGGUUUGGAAUAUGAAAAACCUUCAUUUGAUGCUAGUUACUACAUUCAUAGUUGAAACUCGUUUGGGGAAAGGGUUUCAAUUUUAAGCCACGGGCUGCUUCUUCCCAGUCCCUCCCUAACAAUUCGUUGUGUGGAUUUCUCUGAUCUAAAAGGUUAGUGGCUUUUGCUUUGGAUCAGUGCUCUCUAUUAAUGUCCUUGCUGGUCUCUGAAAACAUUCCUGUUGCGAUAAGACUUGAAAGAUUUGUAGAUGUGAUGUUCAGGCACAGGAUGCUAAGAGCUAUGUUACUAUUAGUUUAUAAAUUGUCCUUUUGAUACCAUCUUGUUUUCUUUUGUAGGUAUAAAUAAAAACACUGUUGACAAUAA